AUGGCCCCCUCCACUCCCACCCCCGAACCCAUCGCCAUCGUCGGCAUCGGCUGCCGUUUCCCAGGCGGUGCCUCCACGCCCUCGAAACUAUGGGACCUCCUCAUCUCGCAGCGGGACAUCCAAACCACGAUCCCCUCGACCCGCUUCUCCACGCCCGCCUUCCACCACCCCGACGGCGAGCGCCCGGGCUGCCUGAACGUGUCCCACGCCUACACGCUCACAGAAGACAUCACGCAGUUCGACGCGUCGUUCUUCAAGACCAACCCCCUCGAGGCCGAGGCCAUGGACCCCCAGCAGCGCAUCCUCCUCGAGACCGUCUACGAGGCGCUCGAAUCCGCCGGCACCCCCAUGGACCGUCUGCUCGGCUCCGACACUGCCGUCUACGUCGGCUCCAUGACCGGCGACUACCACGAGCUGCUCCUCCGCGACCCCGAGGACAUGCCCAAGUACAUGGCCACCGGCACGGCCAGGAGUAUUCUGUCCAACCGCGUGUCGUAUUUCUUCGAUUGGAAGGGCCCGUCCAUGACCAUCGACACGGCGUGUUCGUCCAGUCUGGUGGCCGUGCAUGAGGCCGUGCAGGUGCUGAGGAGUGGUGUCAGUGGGGUUGCCUGUGCGGCGGGUGCGAAUCUCAUUCUGGGCCCGGAGAUGAUGAUCUCCGAGUCCAAAUUGCACAUGCUGUCGCCGACGGGGAGGAGUCGCAUGUGGGAUGAGAACGCGGAUGGGUAUGCCCGUGGCGAGGGCUUUUCGGCGGUUAUCUUGAAGACGCUGUCGCAGGCGAGGAAGGAUGGCGAUUAUGUCCAUUGUGUUAUUCGGGAGACCGGCGUCAAUUCGGAUGGGAGAACAAACGGAAUCACCCUCCCCGGAUCCGAGUCCCAGACCGCGCUCAUCCGCCAGACUUACGCCCGCGCUGGCCUGGACAUCGACACGGAUCGCUGCCAGUACUUCGAGGCCCAUGGCACGGGUACUCCUGCUGGCGAUCCCAUCGAGGCAAAGGCGAUCUACGAUGCCUUUUUCGCGGGCAAGACGGGGGAUGAGCGUAAACUGUAUGUCGGGUCGGUCAAGACUGCGGUUGGUCAUCUGGAGGGCUGUGCCGGGCUGGCGGGUCUGGUCAAGGCGUCGGAGGCUGUUCGUCGUGGCCGCAUCCCCCCCAAUAUGCUCUUUGAGAAGCUCAACCCCGAUAUCAGCCCGUUUUACCAUCGCCUGCAGGUCCCGACGGCGGAGUUGCCAUGGCCCGAGAUGGAGGGGGAGCAGGUGAGGAGGGCGAGUGUGAAUUCGUUUGGCUUCGGUGGAACCAACGCCCACGCCAUCCUCGAGGCCUACGAGAACCACCAGCAACAGCCCAGACAGGAUGAUGCAACUCUCAAAACCCCUCUCGUGCUGUCUGCCAACUCGGACGUCUCUCUCCAGGCCCAGAUCGCGGCCUUCCACGACCUCCUUCUAAUCGAGCAGGACACCCCCGUCCAGGACAUCCUCUUCACCAUGCAGACCCGCCGCGCGCAACACCCCGUGCGUGCCACCUUCUCCGGCCACGACCGGCUCACCCUCCGCAAGAGCCUUAGCAAGGCUCUUGACGACCACGUCGGCACGCGAGUCGACAAGCAGAUCGCCCAGCCGCGCAUUCUGGGGGUGUUCACCGGGCAAGGCGCGCAGUGGCCGACGAUGGGCCGCGAGCUGCUGCGCACCUCUCCCCUGGCCCAGCACACCAUCCACACCCUGCAAGAAGCCCUCAACACCCUCCCUGACCCGCCUAGCUGGUCGCUCACGGACGAGCUGCUCGCCGACAAAGAGACCUCGCGUCUCGGCGAAGCCAGCGUCGCGCAACCCCUCUGCACCGCCGUGCAGAUCGUCCUCGUCGAGCUGCUGCGUCUCGUCGGCGCCCUGCCCAGCGUCGUGAUCGGCCACUCGUCCGGCGAGAUCGGGGCCGCCUACGCGGCCGGCAUGAUCACGGCCGUCGAAGCCAUCCGGAUCGCAUACUACCGCGGGGUGCACGCCAAACUGGCCCGCGGGGCCGACAACCAGCGAGGCGCCAUGAUGGCCGCCGGCAUGUCGUACGACGAGGCCUGCGACUUCUGCGAGGAGCACUUCGCGGACCGGCUCGAGGUCGCGGCCUCCAACGCCCCGGCCAGCGUUACUCUCUCCGGCGAUCAGGACGCCAUCGCCGAGGCCAAAGCCCUGCUCGACGAACGCGGUACCUUUGCCCGGCUCCUCCUCGUCGACACGGCAUACCAUUCCGCCCAUAUGACCCCCUGCUCGGAACCCUACCUCGACUCCCUGGCCGCGUGCGCCAUCGCCCCCACCGAAGCCCGGGCCGACUGCGUCUGGGUCUCCAGCGUGCACGGCUGCCGCAUGGAGGGCGACUACCGCGUCGAGUCCCUGACGGGCGAGUACUGGAACGACAACAUGGUCAGCCCGGUGAUGUUCUCGACGGCCGUGGAGGUGGCCGUGACGGGCGAGCUGCCCUGGGCCCUUCACCCAGACCCUGAAGCAGGUCACCGGGGGUCGAUGCCCUACAGCGGCACCCUGAACCGGGGCACCCACGACGUGGUGGCGCUGAGCCACGCCCUGGGCUUCCUCUGGACGCAUCUCGGGUCCGCGGCCGUCGACUUCACCGGCUACUCCACGGCCUUCGGCGCUGGCCCGGCCACCUGGGUGCCCAAUCUGCCGCUGUACGCGUGGGACCACCGCCAGUCGUUCUGGCGGGAGUCGACCAGAUCGCGCAACUAUCGCCAGCGCCCGCAGCCCCGCCACCCUCUGCUGGGGGUUCGCUCCACCGACGACAUCGACCAGGACAUGCGCUGGCUGCAGACCCUCCGCCCUGCCGAGCUGCCCUGGCUGGACGGCCACCGCGUCGAGGGCCAGGUGAUCUACCCGGCCGCCGCGUACCUGGUCAUGGCCAUGGAGGCCUGCCAGGCCCUCGUGCACGACCAGGAGGAGGUGCAACUGCUCGAGCUAACGGACAUCGAGAUCCUCAACGCCAUCCCGCUGUCCGACGACACCCCGGGCGUCGAGGUGCAGUUCACCCUCACCCCCACCACCAGCCCUAACCCCAACCCCAACCUCACGACCGCCAACUGGGCCUGCUACGCGCACACCGGCCCCGACAAGGCCUCGUGGCGAUGCAACGCGCGCGGCUCCGCGCUCAUCCACCGCGGCCCCCCCAGCAACUCCCCCCUGCCCCCGCGCCUCGCCCCGACAGGCGCCUUCAACGACGUCGACGUCGACCGUUUCUACGAAGCGCUCACCGAAAUCGGCCUCCACUACACCGGGCCCUUCCGGGGUCUGUCCACCGUGCAGCGCCGUUCCGGCACCGCCAUGGCCACCGCCGCACAGCUCCCCUCCCCCUACACCAUCCACCCAGCCAUCCUGGACGCGGCCUUCCAGACCAUCUUCGCGGCCUUCUGCUGGCCCGGCGACGGCAGCCUCCGGGCACCCUUUGUGCCCACCCGUCUGCAAUCCCUCCGCAUUGUGCCCUCCGCCAUCGCCACCUCGACAUCCCUCCUCGUCGACGCAUCCAUCACCUCCUCCUCCGGCCUAGCCAUCACCGCCGACCUCGACCUGACCGACCCGAACACCAGCACGCCUCUCAUCCAACUCCAAUCCCUCAGCUGCUCAUGCCUGACUCCCCCCAGCCCCGCAGACUACAAGGAACUCUACACGCAAAACACCUGGUCGCUCGACAUCUCCAGCGGAAUCGCCCCCCUUCCCCUUUCCCUUCCCACCGACACCACCGACUCCCCCUCCGACCUCGCCCUCGUCACCCUCUGCGAACGGCUCUCUUACUUCUACCUCCGACACCUCGUCUCGGUCACUCCCCCGUCCACGAUCCCCAACAUGCCCUGGAACUUCCAAGCCAUCUUCACCUGGCUCGACACGCUCUUCCCCUGGAUCUCAUCGGGCACGCACCCCACCAUCUCCCCCUCGUGGGCCUCGGACACGAAACCCGACCUCCUGUCCCUCGCCGCCCAAUACCCCGAAUCCGUCGACCUGCAACUCAUCCGCGCCGUCGGCGAAAACCUGCCCGCCGUCGUGCAAAACCGCGCCUGGAUGCUCGAACACAUGGUCAAGGACGAUGUGCUGGACCGGUUCUAUAAGUUCGGCCUGGGCUUUCAGCGCGCCAAUGGCUAUAUGAGCCGGGUGGCGGCGCAGAUCAGUCAUCGGUAUCCGAGGGCCAGGAUCCUGGAGAUCGGCGCGGGGACGGGCGGCGCGACGAAGGGGAUUCUCGAGGCGCUGGGGGGGAAGUUUGAAAGGCUGGAGGGGACGAUGAGGAAUGUGAGGAGGCUGGUCAGGCCGGGGGGGUGGUUGGUGCUGUUGGAGGUGACGAGUGAGAUUGUGAGGGUCAAGUUGAUGAUGGCCGGGUUGCCGGGGUGGUGGUUGGGAGGGGAGGAUGGGAGGGUCAAUGGCCCGACGAUUACCAGGGCCGAGUGGGAUGCGUUGUUGAGGAAGACUGGCUGGUCCGGCGUUGAUCAUGGGGUCAAUGAUUUUGAGGAUGAGACGAAGUAUAUGACUUCGGUCAUGGUGAGUCAGGCGGUUGAUCAGGAUGUGCGCGUGUUGAGGGAGCCGUUGGGCGUCAAGGGGCAGUUGGCCCCUGUCGGGAGUGGAGAGGUGAGGCUGGUGCAAGGGCUGGGGGAGCUGUUUGUGGACGACUCUUCGAGUGUGGAUGUCACGACGUUGGUGGUGCUGGAGGACCUCGACCAGAGCGUUCUGAAGGAUUUCAACCAGGCCAAGUUGCAGGCUCUCCAGCGCGCGCUGCCCAACUGCAGACAUCUGCUCUGGGUGUCGAGCCACUGUCGCGCGGGCGAUCCCUACGGCAACAUGGCGGUUGGGCUGUGUCGCGGUCUGGCGGCCGAGCAUCCGCAUGUGCAGUUCCAGCAUAUCGAUCUCGAGUCGGCCGUCGAUGGCUCCACCGCCACGGUCCUGGCCGAGGCGCUGGUGCGGCUGGUGUUCGCCGCCCAGAACAGGAAGGAUAUCCUCUGGACCAGCGAGCCGGAGCUCAUGCUCAAGGACGGCCAGGUGUUCGUGCCCAGGAUCCUCCCGGAUACGCGCCUGAAUGACCAGCUCAACGCGCGGAAGAUGGUGGUCAAUACGACGGCUGCGCCGGGCGCUGUGGUCGAGGUGCUGCAGCAGGGCGGGCGAUAUGUCCUGGCCGAGAAGGCCACGGCUGUUGUGGCGGAUGAGGCCCUGGUCAAGGUGCAGGUGGUCCACUCGCUCGUCUCGGCGGUGCAGCUGGGCGAUGUCGCGCUGUUUGUUUCGUACGGCAGUCUGGUUGAGAAGCCAGAGGAAACGGUCAUGGCGUUUUCCGGCAGCAAUGCCUCUGUCGUGGAGACACGCAAGGAGCUUGUCUUCCCUGUGAGCGCUGACGGGGUGUCGCUCGUGCAGACCACCGCUCUCGCCCUUCUUGCUGAGCACUGGCUGCAGGGCCUGACUUCGUCUGAUACUAUUGUCCUGCACCGGGCCGACGAGCACUUGGGGCGAGUCGUCCGCCAGCGUGCCGCUGAAGCAGCCAUCGCCGUCGCCGAUGUCACCGUCCACCCCUUCGCAUCCGACAAGGCCAUCCGCGCGCUGGUCCCGUCUGACGCAAAGCUGCUGCUUGACUUUGCGCCCUCGACUGUCUGGCACCUGCCCGCACAGUGCAGGUGCCACCAUCACCGCCAGCACCACCGUCAGCACCUUCACCACCCUGCUACAGCAAGCCCUAACCUGGGCCCUCUCCCACUCUCUCCCAACUCCCCCAACCCCAACCCCAACCCCCUCUCGACCCUCCAUGACACCCCCCUCUCCUCCAUCCCCUACCACACGACCAUCACCUUCCCCAGCUCCAGCAGCCUCCUCCCCCUCCCCGCCAUCGCCCGCCCCCUCAACCCUCUCCUUCUCUUCCGCCCCGACCAGACCUACCUCCUAAUCGGCUGCACCGGUGGCCUCGGCCAAUCGCUAUGCCAAUGGAUGAUCGCCAACGGCGCACGACACCUAGCCCUAACAACGCGAUCUCCGUCCACCAUCAGCCCGGCCUGGCUGACCUCCCUGCGCUGCAGCGGCGCGACCGUCACGCUCUUCCAAGCGGACGUCACCUCGCCCGCCUCCCUGCACUCCGCGCACGCCGCCAUCAAAGCAACCAUGCCCGCGAUCGCGGGCGUCGCCAACGCAGCGAUGCUCCUCUCGGACCGAUCGUUCGCCCAGCUGACCACGACCGACUUCUCGACCGUCUUCGGCCCCAAAGUCACCGCCACGGCCACCCUAGCCUCCAUCUUCCACGACACCCCUCUCGACUUCUUCAUCAUGUUCUCGUCCCUAGCCAGCAUCGUCGGCAACCGGGGCCAAAGCAACUACGUAUCCGCCAACCUCUUCAUGUCCACGAUCGCCUCGCAGCGGCGCGCCCGCGGGCUCGCCGCCUCCGUCUUCCACAUCGGCAUGGUGCUCGGCGUCGGCUACGUCUCCGCCACGGGGAUCUACGAAUCCACCCUCCGCCAAUACAACUACAUGCCGAUCUCGGAGCCCGAAUUCCUCGACAUGUUCGCCCAGGCCAUCGUCAUCGGCCGACCCUCCUCCCUGCACCCGCCGGAACUCAUCACCGGACUCAGCAGACAUAGUCUCCUCGCCGACGCCAAGAAACCCUUCUGGCACGAGAACCUGAGGUUCUCCCACCACACCAUCGCGGAAUCCACCACCCAGGACACCGCAGCGGGCGGGGAUGUUAUCCCCCUGGCCCAGAGCAUCGCCGAGGCGGAGACGGUGGAGAGACUCGAUGAGGUCAUUCAGGAUGCCUUCUGUCGGAAGAUGGAGCGCAUGUUGCAGGCUGAGAAGGGCUCCGUCGCGGGGAAGAAGGCCCAGCCGUUGAUUAAUCUGGGGGUCGAUUCGUUGAUUGCCGUGGAGAUUAGGAGUUGGUUUCUCAAGGAGUUGGAGGUCGAUAUGCCGGUGCUGAAGUUGGUCGGGGGGGCGAGUUUGGGGGGCUUGUGUGCGGAGGCCGCCGGGGUGGUUUUUCGGAGGUUGAGGGUGGAGUAA